AUGGCUGCAUCAAGUAAGAACCCCGAACGUAUCGCUGAACUCCGACAGAGUGAGGCGCCAAUCCCAUGCUUCAACACGGGCAACUCGCAGGAAAUGAUGGAUUAUAAAUUAGCUACAAAGAAGAAACUGCUCUCUUUUAACGAUGAGAGUAUUCCAGAUGGCAGCACCCUCAAAUCGUUAAAAUCAAGACGCAUGGCAAUAGCAAAAGAAAUGUUCGGCAAACUAGGCCAAGACGUCACCAUCGAGCCCCCCUUCUUUCUCCUCUGGGGCUGCAACAUAUUCAUCGGAAACGGCGUCUACAUGAACAGAGAGGUAUCGAUUCACGACAACGCACUUGUAACUAUAGGAGACGGUGUACUUAUAGGUCCUGGGGUCUGUAUCUGCCCAGGAACUCACGCUGCAGAUAUGCAAAGCCGGAGAGAAGCGCAAGGUACUUCGUUUGCGCUGCCGAUACGUAUCGAGGCGGAUUGUUGGAUAGGAGCUCGGGCUACGAUAUUGCCAGGUGUUACUAUAGGGAGAGGAGCGACUGUUGCGGCGGGGGCCGUUGUUAUCAAGGAUGUUGAGGCGGAGACGUUGGUGGGAGGAGUUCCGGCGAGGUUUAUUCGGAGUUUGAAGGGUGAUUCAGCAUGA